AAAAUUCUAAGAAAAAUUGUCACCAGGAUGCUAUUGAUUUUUGAAAUUUUAUAUACGAAUUCCACGUAUAUCCAAUAGAGUCCGCUGGGAUCGUUUUCUGUGAUUGCUGUAUAUUUGUAAUCCCCGUCCCCGUCCAUUAUACAACUCCAGACCUCAGGUAUAUCAUUCUAUUUGUAAGGUUAUGAAAGGUUCCGUUUGUGAGGCUCAAGUUCGAAAAUACGACAUUUCAUGAAGAAAUCAUUUGUGCUGUUCUAAAGGCAUUCCCUGAUAACAAUUUGACAGACAAAGAAGAUAAUGUGUUGGUUCCACUCAAGUAAUCAGCGGAAAAUUUAGUCACGCAAAUUCUUCAGAACUAGUAAUUGUAAAAUGAAGUAUCGAAAGUGGAUCACAUCCUAAUUUUAGGAACUGUAAAUUAAAGAGAGAUAACUGAUUAAUUAGAAUUCAUCACAUAUUCAUGCAGAAAGUGAACGACCAUUAACGCACAAACAUUCAAUUAAUCUGCUCAACGAGUCACAGAAAUGAAUUAAUUACUUGAUAAGACUUUCGUGGUGCUCUGACUUUUACUUUUUCGUGCUGAAGAAAUUUACGAUCGUCGUUCUUUAUUCACAGAAAAAUAAUUCGCAAGGUAUCACGUUUAGUAUCAAACACUAAAUAUAAAACAUCUAAAAUGGAAAUUGAAGAAUGGAUGUCGAAACAUUAUACAAAAGAAACUCCUGGCGAAAUAAAGUGUAAUCGUUGUGAAGAAAGUUUUUCUAAUCACGAUAGACUGGAAAUCUUGAAAUUUCACUUAUAUGAUGAGCACGAGAUAACAGAAUUAGACGAACAUCCAGAACGUGACAUCAUAGUGCAAAAUUAUACAAUAACAUAUCUAAUGGCGAAAUGCAACCAUUGUAAGAGAAACAGUAAUCUCGCAGUUAAUGGCGUGCAUAAUUUAAUAAUGCAUUUAAAAAUUGUGCACUCGGAUGAGUUAAAGAAGAAAAGAUCACACAUAUGGAACAAUUUUGAUGAAAGGGGCAACAAAGCAAUGUGCAAACAAUGUGGGGAAACAAUAACAAUAAAUACAGAGGAACCGACAUCAAGUUUAAUCAGUCACUUGCAUUAUUGUCGACCAUCUAAAAUGACGGAAAUUGAAGAAUGGAUGUGGAAACAUUACACGAAAGAAAAUUCUGGUGCAAUAAAGUGCAAUCGUUGCAAAGAAAACUUUUCUAAUCACGAUAGACUGGAGGUCUUAAAAUUUCACUUAUACGAUGAACACGAAAUAACAGAAUUAGACGAACAUCCAGAACGUGACAAUAUAGUGCAAAAUUAUAAAAUAACAUGUUUAAUGGCAACAUGCAAUCAUUGUAAGAGAGAAACUAAUCUAACUUCUGGCGUGCAUAUUUUAAUAACUCAUUUAAAAAUUUUUCACUUGAACAAAUGUAAAUUGAAGAAGAAAAAACAGAUAUGGGACAAAUAUGAGGAAAAUGGCGGCGACAAGGCUACUUGCAAACUAUGUAAAGAAGUAUUUAAAGUAUCAUCGUAUGAAGCACCAACAAGUUUAUACAAACAUUUAUUUUAUUGUGGCCGUUUAAAUCUUGAACAUCUAAGUGAAUUCAUAUGGAGCAGAUUCAAUGUAAUUGAAGAGGGGGAUAAGGCUAUGUGCAAACUGUGUAGUAAAACAUUGUCAAUAGAUAGUAAAUAUUCCAUACUGAAAUUAAAUCGACACUUAUUACGUUAUUGUCGCUCCUUUAAAGAUGAUUCUGUGGACAAAGAUCAGUUAAAGGAGACGCGAAGGAAAUCAAAAAUAUGGGAAAAGUACAACGUAGUCCAACCCAACGAGAAAGCAGCGUGCAGAGGAUGUAACAAAUUAAUAUCGAUAAAGGGUGCAACUCCCACAUCAACUUUAAUCAAACACUCACGUCUUUGUCCCUACUUAAAUCUUAAUGCCCCAAUUAAGUUAUUGAGGUUUCGAAAAGGAUCAAAAAUAUGGGAAAAGUUCCAUGAUGAAGGAGACUGUGCUAUAUGUAAACAAUGUGACAAAAAAAUUAAAUUGCAGCCCAAUAAUCGAAAACUAAAAUUACAUGGUCACUUACCUGUUUGUCGGAAAGAUAAGGUGAAUAAAUUACCAAGAAGAUCAGCCGUAUGGGACAAGUUUGAUGUAAAUGGCGACGUGGCGAUAUGCAAGCAAUGUAAAAAACAACUGAAACUAACACCUGGUAAAUCAAAGGAAAGUGGACCAAAUCACAAGGUGAUAGUAAAUCACAAAGGUGAUAGUAAAUCAUCAAGAUUACACCAUCAUUUACGUUAUUGUCGCAAUUUAAUUCUUGAAGACCUAAGUAAAGAUGAGUUGAGAAAUUUACGAAAAAGAUCACAAAUAUGGGAUAAGUUUGAUAUUGUUGGAGACAAAGCAACUUGCAAACAAUGUAAACGAACAUUGGGAAUGAACUGGACUGCUCAAAACACAUCAGGCAAUUUACGGAAUCACAUAAAAAUUUGUCGGAAAGGAGAAGCGAGGAAUCCAAAAAGAAGAUCACAAGUAUGGGAAAAGUUCGAGGAUGAAGGAGACACUGCAAUAUGCAAGCAAUGUAGAAGAACAAUAACAAUAAAUCCUAAAUAUCCGACAUCAAAUUUAACCCAACACUUAGGCUAUUGUGCCGGCGUAAAUCUGGACGAUCUAAGUAAAGAGAAGCCGAAGGUGACGGAAAAACCAUCAGAGAUACGGGAAAAGUUUGAUGAAAAGGGAAACAAAGCGAUAUGUAAGCAAUGUAAAACUACUAUACAAAUAAAUGUUAAAAAUCCAAUAAUAAAAUUAAAACAACACUUAAACGAUUGUUGCCCCAUUUAUGCAUACGGGCCGAAUAAACCUAGAUUGAUGAAAGUGCAAAAAAUAUCAAGAAUAUUGUGCAACUACAUUGUAAACGACAAUCAUGUCACAUGUAAAAGAUGUAAAAAAACAAUCUCAAGAAAGUCUCCAUUUUCAAUAUCAAUUUUAAAGAUUCACGUACUUGGUUGUCGAUCACGUUACUUUAAAACUGAUAAGCCGAGUAAAUCUAAAUUAAUGAUGGAGGGAAGACUAGCAAGAGUAUGGGAUAAGUAUGAUGUAACGGACAACAAUGCCACAUGCAAAAGAUGUCAAAAAACAAUAAAAGUUAUUAAAGGACAUGAAACAUCAAAUUUAAGCCGACACUUAUUUAUUUGCAAGCUGCGAGCAGCAUCGAGUAGUUCAGAGUGUUCAGAGUUAUCGGAAGAUGAAGAGUUAUUGGAAGAUGAAGAGUUAUCGGAAGAUAAAGAGUUAUCGGAAGAUGAAGAGUUAUCGGAACAUGAAGAUGUUACUGCGAAAGUUCAAAAUAAAAAACAAACUUCCAAACAGACAAAACGGCCACAACGAAGAAAAAAGAAAAAGAGCGUCACGUUUGAGUCUACUUCAAGUUCCGAAUCUGAUGAGGAUGUGCAUAAAGUUUCAAUUAAAGUGAAGACAAAAUCAAAAGUGUACAGUUUAAGAAAAAGAAGAACAGACAUUGUUAAUAAGCAAGCAUCGAAGCAAGCAUCGAAGCAAGCAUCUACUUCAAAGUCAUCGGAAGACGAAGAUCUUGAUAAUACUGUACAAUGUCAAAGUGGAAAAGCUUCUAAAAAGACUAAGUUACAAAUUUUGAAAGAGACAAUGCUGGUACAAUAUGAAAUAGAUAAAAAGAACAUCAAUUUUGAGAUUUAUUCUAGUUCAGAAUCUGAAGAUGAUUUGUAUGAGAUUUCAAUAAAAUUGAAGGCAGAAGCAAAACUAUACAGUUUGAGCAAAAGAGGAACAGACAUUUGUGAUAGAGAUGCAUCGAAUACUUCAAUACCACCAAAAGAAAAACAUCUUGAUAAUACUGGGCAAUUUAAAAAUGGAAUACAAACUUCCAAAAAGACACAAUUGCCAGAACAAAAAAAAGAUAGAAACAACGUCACUGGAAUACAAACUUUCAAAAAGAUAGAACUGCCAGAACAAGAAACAAACAGAGAGAACGUCAAUGAAAUACAAACUUCUAAACAGACAAAACUGUCAGGACAAGAAAAUGACAAAAAGAAUGUCAAUCAAGCAUCGAAUACCUCAGAGUCACCAAACGACGAACAGCUUGAUAGUACCGUGCGAGUUAAAAGUGGAAUACAAACGUCCAAAAAGAUAAAAUUGCCAGAACAAGAAGAAGACAGAAAGAACGUCACUGGAAUACAAACCUCCAAAAAGACCAAAUUGCCAGAACAAAAAGAAGACAGAAAGAACGUCAAUCCAGCAUCGAAUACCUCAGAGUCACCAAACGACGAACAGCUUUAUAAUACCGUGCGAGUUAAAAGUGGAAUACAAACAUCCAAAAAGAUAAAAUUGUCAGAACAAGAAAAAGACAGAAAGAACGUCACUGGAAUACAAACUUCCAAAAAGACCAACCUGCCAGAACAAAAAGAAGACAGAAAGAAUGUCACUGGAAUACAAACUUCUAAAAAGGCAAAACUGCCAGAACAAGAAGAAGAUAGAAAGAACGUCAAACAAGCAUCGCAUACCUCAGAGUUACCAAAAGACGGAAAUCUUGAUAAUACUGUGGAAAUUCCAAGUGGAAUACCAACUUUCCAAAAGACAAAUUUACCAGAGGAAGAAAGAGAUAGACAGAACGUCAUUAAAAUACAAACUUUCCAACAGACAGAACUGCCAGAACAAGAAAAAGAUUUAAAAAACAUCGAACAAGCUUCAAAUAUCUCAGAGUCACCGGAAAACAAACAGCUGGAUAAUACUGUGCAAGGUCUAAGUGGAAUACAAACUUUCCAAGAGAUAAAAUUGCCAAAAGAAGAAAGAGACAGACAGAAUGUCGUUGCAAUACAAACUUUCGAGAAGGCAAAACUGUCAGAACAAGAAACAGAUCCAUCAACAAGAAAAAACAUCAAACAAACUUCGAAUACCUCAGAGUUACCGAAAAACGAACCGCUGAAUAAUACUGUACAAGGUUCAAGUGAAAUACAAACUUCCCAAAAGAUAAAAUUGCGAGAAGAAGAAAGAGACAGACAGAAUAUCGUUGAAAUACAAACUUUCGAGAAGGCAAAACUGUCAGAACAAGAAACAGAUCCAUCAACAAGAAAAAACAUCAAUGUGCCAUGGAGGUUUAUACAAACUUUCGAGAAGGCAAAACUGUCAGAACAAGAAACAGAUCCAUCAACAAGAAAAAAUAUCAAACAAACUUCGAAUACCUCAGAGUUACCGAAAAACGAACCGCUGAAUAAUACUGUACAAGGUUCAAAUGAAAUACACACUUCCCAAAAGAUAAAAUUGCGAGAAGAAGAAAGAGACAGACAGAAUAUCGUUGAAAUACAAACUUUCGAGGAGGCAAAACUGUCAGAACAAGAAACAGAUCCAUCAACAAGAAAAAACAUCAAAAAUGGAGAAGCGAGGAAUCUAAAAAGAAGAUCACAAGUAUGGGAAAAGUUCGAGGACGUAGGAAACACUGCAAUAUGCAAGCAAUGUAGAAGAACAAUAAAAAUACAACCUAAAUAUCCGACAUCAAAUUUAACCCAACACUUACGCUAUUGUGCACACAAUCUCACUUUAUACAAAUACAGACAAGUUUCAAAUACCUCAGAGUCUUCAAAAAACAAACAUCUGGAUAAUACUGUGCAAGUUCAAAGUGUAAUACAAAUUUCCAAAAAGACAGCAUUACCAGAAGAAGAAAGGGACAGACAGAAUGUCGUUGAAAUACAAACUUUCAAGAAGGUAAAACUGUCAGCACAAGAAAAAGAUCAAUCAACAAUAAAAAACAUCAAACAACCAUCAACCAGCACAGAUUUGUCGCACGACGACUAUCAUGAUAAUACUAUGCAAGUUCAAAGUGAAAUACAAACUUCCAAAAAGACAAACUUACCAGGUGAAGAAAGAGACAGACAGAACGUUGAAAUACACAAUUUUAAGAAGACAAAAUUGUCAGUACAUGAAAAGAAUAAGAAGAAUAUCAUACAAGCUUCAGAUACCUCAGUGUCAACGAAAAACGAACUGCUGAAUAAUACUGUGCAAGGUUCAAGUGAAAUACAAACUUCCCAAAAGAUAAAAUUGCGAGAAGAUGAAAGAGACAGACAGAAUAUCGUUGAAAUACAAACUUUCGAGAAGGCAAAACUGUCAGAACAAGAAACAGAUCCAUCAACAAGAAAAAACAUCAAAAAAGCUACGAAUACCUCCGAGUCACCAAAGAACGAACAGCUGGAUAAUACUGUGCGAGUUCAAAGUGUAAUACAAACUUCCAGAAAGACAAAAUUACAAGAAGAAGAAAGAGACAGACAGAACGUCGUUGAAAUACAGAUUUUCAAAAAUGCAAAACUGUCAGAACAAGAAAAUGAUCAAUCAGUAAGAAAAAACAUCAAACAAGCUUCGAAUACCUCAGAGUCUUCAAAAAACAAACAUCUGGAUAAUACUGUGCAAGUUCAAAGUGUAAUACAAAUUUCCAAAAAGACAGCAUUACCAGAAGAAGAAAGGGACAGACAGAAUGUCGUUGAAAUACAAACUUUCAAGAAGGCAAAACUGUCAGCACAAGAAAAAGAUCAAUCAACAGAAAAAGAUCAAUCAACAAUAAAAAACAUCAAAUCAUCAACCAGCACAGAUUUGUCGCACGACGACUAUCAUUAUAAUACUAUAAAAGUUCAAAGUGAAAUACAAACUUCCGAAAAGACAAACUUACCAGGUGAAGAAAAAGACAGACAGAACAUUGAAAUACACAAUUUUAAGAAGACAAAAUUGUCAGAACCAGAAAAAGAUCAAUCAAUAAGAAAAAACAUCAAACAAGCUUCAGAUACUUCAGUGUCAACGAAAAACGAACACCUGGGUAAUACUGUACGAGUUCAAAGUGUAAUACAAAAUUCCAGAAAGACAAAUUUAUCAGAAGAAGGAAGAGACAUACAGAACGUUAUUGAACUACAAACUUUCAAAGAGGCAAAACUGUCAGAACAAGAAGAUAUAAAACACAUCGAUCAAGCAUCGAAUACCUCAGAGUCUUCAAGAAACAACCAUCUGGAUAAUACCGUGCGAGUUAGAAGUGUAAUACAAACUGCCAAAAAUAUAAAUUUACCAGAGGAAGAAAAAGGCAGACAAAACGUCAUUGAAAUACAAUCUUUCAACGAGACAAAACUGCCAGAACAAGAAAAAGAUAGACAAAACAUCAAACAAGCUUUGAAUACCUCAGAGUCACCAAAGGACGGAUAUUUUGAUAAUGCUGUGGCAGGUCCAAGUGGAAUACAAGCUUCCCAAAAGAUAAAAUUGCCAGAAGAAGCAAGCGACAAACAGAAAAUCAUUGAAAUAGGAACUUAUAAGAAGGCAAAACUGUCAGAAGAAGAAAAGAACCAAUCAACAAGACAAAACAUCAAACGAGCUUCAAAUACCUCAGAGUCAUCGAAAAACGAACAUCUAGAUAAUACUGUGCGAGUUCAAAGUGUAAUACAAAUUGUCACAAAGACAAAAUUAUCAGAAGAAGAAAGAGACAUACAGAACGUCAUUGAAAUUCAAACUUUCAAGGAGGCAAAACUGCCGGAAGAGGAAAAGUCUAGAGAAAACAUCAAACAAGCAUCGGUUACCUCAGAGUCACUGAAAGACGGACAUCUUGAUAACACUGUGCAAGUUAAAAGUGGACUACAAACUUCCAAAAAGACGAAAAUGCCACAAGAGGAAAGAGACAGAGAGAACAUCAAUGAAAUACAAAUUUUUAAAAAGAUAAAACUGUCAGUACAAAAAGAAGACAUGAAGAAUGUCAAACAAGCAUCGAAUACCUCAGAAUUACCGAAACAUGGAUAUCUUGAUAAUACUGUGACAGGUCCAAGUGUAAUACAAACUUCCAAAAAGACAGAAUUACCAGAUGAAGAAAAAGACAGACAGAACGUCAUUGAAAUACAAUCUUUUAGGGAGACAAAACUGUCAGAACAAGAAGAAAAUAGAAAAAACAUUGAACAAGCAUUGAACACCUCAGAGUCACCAAAAGAUAGCCAUCUUAAUAAUACUGUGCAAGUUCAAAGUGAAAUACAAACUUCGGAAAAGACAACAUUAUACGAAGAAGAAAUAGACAUACAGAACAUCGUUGAAAUACAAACUUUCAAAGAGACAAAACUGUCAGAACAAGAAAAGAACACAAAGGACAUCAAGCAAGCAUCAAAUAUCUCAGAAUUAUCAAAAGACGAGCAUCUUGAUAAUACUACGCAAGUUCAAAGUGGAGUACAAACUUCCAAACAGAUAAAACUGCCACAACGAAGAAGGAAGAGAAGAAACGUCAAUUUCAAACAAGCAUCGAAUACCUCAGAGUCACCAAAAGACGAAUAUCUUGAUAAUAGUGUGCAAGCUCAAAGUAGAAUACAAACUUCCAAUCAGAUGAAACGGCCACGACGAAGGAGGAAAAGAAAGAAAGCCGAGAUUGAGGUUUCAAGUUCAGAACCUGAGGAGACUUUGCAUGAAAUUUCAAUUAAAUUGGAGGCAAAAGCAAAAUUAUAUAAUUUGAGGAAACGAAGAACGGAUAUUGUUUAUAAGCAAGUAUCAUGGCAAGCAUCUACUUCAGAAUCAUCGGAAGACGAAAAUUUUGAUAAUACUGUGCAACUUCAAAGCAGACAAACUUCAAAAAAGACAAAGUUACGAACUUUUAAAAAGACAAAGUUACAAACGUCCAAAAAGACAAAGUUACAAACUUACAAAAAGACAAAACUGCCACAACAGGAAAUGGAAAGAAAGGACGUCAAUUUUGGAUCUUUUUCAAAUUCAAAAGUUGAUAAGGAUUUGUAUAAAGUUUCAAUGAAAUUCAAGGGAGGAGGAAAACUAUACUACAAGUUUAGGAGAUUGAUUGAAUUGGGAAAAUUGGACGUUGUUUGUGAGUAAUGCAUAAUUGUAUCCUUUAAAAUCAAUUAAUUAAAUAUUAAUUCCUUCAUUAUAUUUUCUAUUCUUUUAAUCGUUCUUUAUGAAUGCAGAAAUGUACCGCGCAUUUAAAUAUCGCUAGGAGACAAAGACCUUCAAGACAUUAUGCAUUUUCCGAAUGGAAUAUAAACAUUUGACCACACAAAGCUGCUACAACAAGAAAUAGAAAGGAGAGACUUUAAUUUUAAGUAAUUAUAUUUUUUACUUGUAUCAUGCAAUACGCAUAGAGAAAUAUUAAAAUUAAAUGUUUACAAUAAUGCUUUAAUCAUCAAUGAAAUACAUUUGGUAAAAACCGUUGGCACUAAUUGCAAGUAUAUGCCCUACUAUUGAUGAUUUAUUCGUUAUCAAACAUUUUUUAAUUUGUUAUUUGUGAUUCACUAUCAAACAUUUAUUAAUUUAAAUUAAUAGUAUCAAGACAACCAUAUUUGAAAAAUAUUUCCGCUUGGUUACUUUUCACCAAUUGAUUUCUGAUUGAUCUGGCUGUUGAUCUUAAUUUCUAAGGAGGUGAAGGUUAUUGAUGAUCCCCGUUGCUCAUAAUUUAUUAAAAAGUUAUAAAGAAAAGAAAUUACACACAAAAAUGAUGUUCAGUUUUCUGCCACUGGAAAUUAAGUUGGAGUACGACAUGGGUUUUCGAUUUUUUGCGCGAAGCGAGUCCCAUGCCACACCGACUCCUACUUUCGAGAUAAUAAUUUAAAUAAUUGUAAAAUGGUGUGCAAUUUUUUCAUUAAAAUUUUUAUUUUACCAAUUUAUAAAUUCGCACCUAUUAUCGAACAUUAUAUGUGUAUAUUGUACAUGUUUGUAUGUGUGGUUGCUUACAAUGUGCGCGAGUGCGUUCGUAUGUGUGUUCUAACUAGUUAAGAAAUUUUGUGAUUUAUUUUAUUAUACUUAUACAGUAUUGCUCAAGACGUCUGAUGGGUGAGAAAUCAUAUGUGAGAUUGAAGUUAAAUUUCUUUCUUAACAUUCCUAAAGACUUUCAACUUACAAUUAGUCUCAAUUUUUUAAUACAAAACUCAAAGAAUAUUUCAAUGUUUAAGACGAUGCCUUGGAGAAGAAGUUAAAAACUCAAAGUAUUUAAAUUGUAUAUAUUUGCCGUUAGAAUAAUAUAUUAUAAUAUUAUAUGUAUAUUAUAAAUUAUAUAUUACAUUGUAUUGAAAAUUUAUUUAUUCGUGUAUAAAAUUUGAUAAGUCUGGUUAAAAAUGAGGAGUUGUCGAGUUAUACAUAUAUUUUGAACCAAAGAAGAAGUGAGUGAUUUAAAAGUAUUGUAACCUCGACAUUCAGCUAAACUUAAAAAAUUUUAUCCUGAAAAAUAUUAUAGCUUUGAAACUUGAUAGAAAUAUAUACAGGGUAACUGAACAUCGUUAAGGCAUACGCUUCACUUCACACACACUAGUAGAUGCGCGGCUCACGAACGCGCGUCUAUCUAAAAAGCGAUACUGAUCAGUUAAUUUUUGAAAUAUAUAUAAUAAUAACUAUUUUAUAAAGCAUAAUUAAAAAAAUAGUUCGGAACUUUUUGAGUUUUCAGUUUUUCAAGAGGAAAAUGACUGUAUAAAUAGUAGGCGCGAAUUAGUUUACACCCUGUAUAUCUCAAUAUUAGGAUGUUAUAAGGAACCGUAUAUGAUAACUAAAUGUGAUAACUAUUAUGUGAUUUAUUUAAAGUAUUCCCCCCCUAAGAAAGGGGAGGGAUGUUAACUAAGCGAAGGCUAGUUUCUGGAGACCGUAACCGUUUACUUAUGCUGGAACUAGCUUUGAGAUUUCAAUUCUUUUGUUCAUAAUUCUCGAACAAAAGCAUUGAAAUCUCAAUGAGGAAUUUGACCAAUUCUGGUGUAAAUUAAUGGUUAUGGCCUCCAUAAACUAGCCUUGAGUUUCAUUUGUAUCGAAGCUCUGAGACCUCUUUUCCAUGAUGCCAAUUUAUCUUAAAGUUUGCGUCAUGGCGUGCUUCACUCUGUCGUUUGUGUGGCUUUCAUGGUUAAAUAACUUCAUCGUUUAAAUUUAUUUUUUUUACAUAAACAGUUUGUCUUUACGUGACAAAAAUACAUAUAACAACGAUCGAGAGAGAUAUCUUAGUCUCUUCUUAAAUUACAGUGAUGAAAUUAAAAUUUUCAAAGAAUUUUAUAUCACAUUCUUUUUAAUAGUAAAUAAUAAAUAUGUGUGAAAUGAACAUAUAUUUGCAUUAUUUACAAUAUAUUUUUCAAUCAUACAAUUCUUUACAUAUAGUGCAUCUUUAAUUUAUGUACAAAAUAUGCGACAUUUUAUAAAUACGAAUGUGAAUAGAAAGAUAAGAAAUAUAUGAAAGGAUGUA